AUGAGCUCGAAGCCAGUGAGGACGAGCGGAGGGGGCGGUGCUAUGGAGGACAGACCUCCUUCACGGACGAGACAAGGGUCAAUACAGGGACAGAAGAUCAUGGUGCAAGACAUUGCGUCCAAAGGCUCCAUAAAAUCUCAGUCGAGCAAAACUAUGCGAAAAAUAUCUGGACUACUUGGAAAUGUUCAGCCACGAAGUAUGCACGAUGUUCGGUCAAUGGGAGAAAGUUCUAUGAACAAUCAAGUUCGAGUUGCAGAGCUGCAAAAUUAUGUUGUCAACAAGAUUGAAAUGUUGAAAAAGAACCAAGCCAAUGUCAAAAAAUUGACCCAGUUGGCUGCCUUCAUACCAGAUUUUAUCCUAAAAGAAGAAACAUCCCGAAAAAUUCCAUAUCAAAGGAGCACUGAUGCUGUCGUGUUCAUGGUGGACGUUUCUGGAUUCACAGCCCUUACCGAAGCUUACAGCCUGAAGGGGAAGGGUGGGACUGACCAGUUGACCAAAACCCUAAUGAGCUACAUUGGACCACUUGCUGAAGCUAUUCUCUUGUGUGAAGGGGACAUUGUUAAGUACGCUGGAGACGCUUUCCUUGCUUUCUGGAGUACAAAUCCAGCAGAUUUUGCUGAGGAUGUCCAACGAGCGGUUGAUUGUGCUCUCUACAUUCAAGAAAAGUAUGGUUCAUACUUGUGCAAAGAGGUGGAUAUUACGAUUCGAGUAAAGAUUGGAAUCGGGGCUGGAACGGUACACCUCUGUGGAAUUGGAAAUGACAGUUAUCAACAUUACAUCGCCUUUGGACCUGGUGUCGAGGGGGCGUCCCUUGGCGAAAAACAUUGCACUUCUGGAGAGGUAGUGCUUCAUGAAUCCACGUGGAGUCACUGCAAUCAGGCCUUUUAUAAAUCAACCGUUCGAGAUGAAACGUAUCGCCUUGUGUCACAAAUCAUAACUUUCAUCAACCUUGAAAAGCGUGGAAGGCCUCAACGGAGUAAUGCUGGGAAAAGUGGUGAUAGAGCUCCCAGUGGUUCAGAACUCAUCAGACCCAUCAUUUCCGAGUCCAUUGAAACGAAGCCAGAGGAAUUUUUGAGAAGAUUUAUCAUUCCACCUGUUCUCCGUAAAGUUGAUGAUGACAUUCCUCUGGAAUAUCUUAAUGAGAGUCGCAUGGUUUGCAUUUGUUUCAUCCACAUUGACACGGUUCCGUUGAUAAGCGAAGGGACAGCCUUUCGUGAGGCGAUGACUCAAAUUGUGAACAAAUGCUUUGUGAAGAUUUACAACGGAGUGACACGAAUGCAGGGAGCGUUGACCAAAGUUAUCAUGUUCGACAAAGGGUUAACGUACCUCGUGGUAUUUGGUUUGCCUGGAUAUAUUAAUGAACACCAGUGUGCUCAUGCUUUGAAAUUCAGCCAUGCGGCUCGUCGGAAUCUCCUUGGGAUUCAGGGUGUAGAGGAGGUCUCGAUUGGGGUCACAACCGGUUCCUGCUACUCUGGAGUCUUGGGCCACCCGCGGCGACAAGAGUACACGGUAAUGGGUCGGAAAGUUAACAAGGCAGCACGCCUCAUGUGCUACUAUCCCUCAAGGGUGACAUGUGAUCAGGACACUGCGUAUCACUCCAAACUGGCAUCCUCCAACUUUGAGCUGCAAGAAUACAAGGAGCUCAAGGGUAUCGCUAACCCUGGAAAAAUCUUUGAGUUUGUCAACUCUGAAACUCAAGAGGAUAACUCGGUCACAACGUUUGCAUAUCCCAUGGUGGGACGAGACUUUGAACUUCGGUUUUUUAAAGAAAUCCUUGUGAAAACUCAGCGUGAAUUGGUGGAUCACAAUAAGGUGUCGGCUCUAGUGAAGGGAACGACGAUGGCGAAGGAAACUGCAAUAUCAAAAGGUGUUUGGAUGGUAGUGUUUGAAGGAGAAAAUGGGAUUGGCAAGACUCGAGUCCUUGCUGCAUGCAUGGCCGAAGCAGAAAAGCAAAAUAAUGUCCAAGUGUUUUCUGUCGGAAUGAAUCUCAUGAUGAAGGGACAAACAAUGUUUGGACUCAGCUCUGUCAUCAUGGAUGCCAUUGGCAUCGGCGGAUUUCGUACUUCAUCUGAACGUGAAGAUUAUCUCAGAAAAAGAGUACAAGAACCAGAUCUUACUGCCGAAUUGUGUGUAAUUAAUGACAUUUUACACACCAAGUUUCCCCUCAAUCCAAAGUACGCCAAUAUGGAGUCGGCUGCAACACAAACCUAUGGACAGCACGUUCUCUCGGCUUUGUUGAAAGUAUUUUACCCCGAUGAGUUGAUUGUGCUUGCUGUGGAUGAUGCCCACUUCCUUGAUCAACCGUCGUGGGACUACAUACUUGGAUUGUCUAAAACUCCCCAUGUUUUCUGUCUUUUAACACUGCGAAGAAAUGCUGCUGGUUCUGCAAAAAUUCCAGACUCAGUUUCGAAUCAAAUUUACCAUAAUAAGAAUGUGAAAGUUGUUCGUCUAAAUGGACUGGAACCUGUACAUUGCAAAACUCUAGCCUGCCAAAUGAUGGAGGUAUCAGCAAUUCCGGCUGACCUGGAGAAAAUUCUAAUGGCAAAAUCUCAGGGCGUACCUGCCUGGUGUGACCAAGUUUUGCAUGAACUUCUGCGAACUGGAGUCCUCCACAUUUCCACAUCUGCAAAGAAAACGGUCAUGGUGUACGCGGAUAAACAAACUUUGGAAAAGAUUGAUAAUACGAAGCAGCGUCGAACACAAAAAGCUUGGGCAUCCGAAGAUGACUACUAUUCAGCAAAUGUGAGCAAAGCAAAUAUAACAGGUCCGAGUCCUCGUGGGUCCUUUGCUGUUCUUCCAAUCACGCAACCCACUGAGGAGGUUGAUCCAUCCAAAAGACUCCUCGUUGUAAAGUCUGGAACCAAUAUUGGUCACAUUCAAAUUCACGGAACUCUGCAUGAAAUUCUGCUGGAUUCUUACGAUGAACUCAAUUCUAAUGAACAAAUCAUUCUAAAGUGUGCGUCUGUUCUUGGACGAAGGUUCAGCAGACUUAUGGUAACUCGGAUUCUCCCAUUUUUCGAACUAAACUCGAAAAAGUAUGAAGCUGGGUUUAACCGAUUGAUGGAGGCACGCUACCUACGAUGUGCUUCUGGAAUUCAUUCAAAAGCAUCAGGAAAAGACCAAACCCUAAUUCCAGAAUGUUUCUGCAAAGAAUUACCUGGUGACGCGACUAUGAACAAAGACGCUGAUACAGUACAGACUACAAGGUCAAGAUCAUUUAAGGCUGUAAACAUUAUUAUGAAACGUCCCAAAUAUCUUAGUUGCAAAUUCAUGGAGUUUGCUAAAGAGACACUAACUGAAGUAGUCUAUGGGCUCAUGACCGAGGAUCAAAGGAAAGACUUCCACUUGAAAGCAGCCAAGUAUCUGGAUUCAGGAGUGGCACGAUGUGAAAGUUGUGGCGGUCCGAACAGUUCAUUUGCUUACGGAAUCGUUCUAAAGUCCAACGACAUGGGGGUGCUGGAUAGCGAGGACGCAAUCCGAGCUGCGGUGAAUGCCAGACGGAAAAGUGAUGGUAGAACCGGCGUUAGUUAUUCCCAGUUGAAACAACAGCGGGGGCGACGAAGGGCUUCACUCCAAACUCAAAUCGCGGGGAUGAAGCGCAGGUUUCAGAAUGAUGGGUCUAAAAUUGCACAAAUUGAGUUUGAGAUACUAACAUUGCUGAGGAAGAUUGAUGUUCAAGAACGACGAAGUAACCAAUGUUGCGUGCGCAAUAUUUCCAAGGAAGAUGCCGAACGCGAGUUGAAUGAGGAGCUGCAUCUCUUGCGGGAUUCUGAUGACCAUGCCAUGGUCAACUUGAAAGCCAGUGGAGACGCAGGGCAAGCAAAUGAAAUUGGUGGUGGUGGCAGUGAAGGAGGAUCAACACAAGUCCCCCCACAUGGUUCUCAAACGGUAGCUCCAAUAAUUGGUGCUGGCGAGGGUGAGGGUGAGUCAACAGCAGUGGAUCGAGGCUCUCAAGACAAUGUCGACCUUCGACUAUGUGAAUGUUCCGCAAUCCAGGCGAAAGUAUGCAUCGAAAUGGUGAAACAUUACCGAGAGGACAGGACAAAAUUAGAAGUAUUCCCCCAAAAUACUUUUGAACUAAACUAA